AUGGGUGACUUACCCCCUAGUCGUCUAACAGCAGUAAAGGCCUUUGCUCAUGUUGGUGUUGAUUACGCCGGACCCUUCUCUAUAACCUCAAGCCGUGUUAGAGGUACUAAGGUUUUAAAGGCAUAUGUUUGUCUUUUUAUAUGUAUGGCAACUAAGGCUCCGCAUAUAGAGCUUGCUUCAGACAUGUCAAGUGCUGCAUUUUUGGCGGCCUUGCGUCGUUUUAUUGCUCGGAGAGGUAGGGUGAACCACAUUUAUAGCGAUCAGGGAAGAAACUUUACCGGUGCAUGGAAAGAAAUUAGUUCUUUUAUGCAUCUCGCCUCACAAGAAGAAAAAAUUGAAUGGCAUUUUAAUCCACCUUAUGCUCCAAAUUUCGGAGGUUUGUGGGAAGCAGGUGUCAAAUCAGUAAAAACACACCUUGUUCGUGUAAUUGGUUUGCAAACACUCACAUUUGAAGAACUUAAUACCGUACUCAUUCAAAUAAAAGGUGUUCUUAACUCUCGCCCCUUAUGCCCUCAAAGCUCGGACCCAAAUGAUUUUAAGGUUUUAACUCCAGGACAUUUCCUAACACUCGCUUCCUAA